CGUGCGCGUUGACAUUUUUGCAGCGCUUUUAAUUUAUUAUUAUUAUUUAAACUAAAAAAUUAAGAAGUAGGAUGUGUAUUAGUCCUAGAUAGAGUUCAAGCGCCGCAAAAUCGUUGCCCUUUCUUACGAGACCCAUGACAAAAGCGCUGGCAGGACGAUAAAUGUAUCUUUCGGCGAACGUCUGCCUCGUCAGUUUUGCAAAAAUAGUUAAAUAGUAAAAGCCAUUUAGGCUUCAGGCCACGGUUAAGUUAAGUUAGAGCGACUAAAACGAUGCACAUGCGACUGCAUUUGGUGCGCUUUAUGUACAUAAAUCUGCUGCUGAGCUGCUGUUUCUGGUUGUACGACAAUGUGGCAGCUGCAGAUGCACAAACGCAAAGUAGCGAUGGAGAUUCGGGCUUGGCCGUGGGAACUACGGAUGCAGCACGGAAGACCCACUUAAAUCGGGAAGAACCGGCGGCGCCACCAAAACCGGAUCCUCCACCCCCGCCCCCCGACGACGGAGCAGAAGUUCAACUACCCGCUCCAGAUGGUGGUGAACCCAUCGCCAUUGCGGCAUCCUCUGCGGAGUCUCAAUCUGGCAGUCGGCCAAUAUCCGGGGACACGUCAGUGUCCGUGGAGGAACGGCCCCCGUUAUCCGCACAUCACCGUGCAAGUAGCCAUAGUGAAUAUGUUAGUGAAUUCGAUUUAGCCGCUGAUGGUGACGCCCCCUCAUCCACCGCCCAAGUGCCAAAUAAUCAAUUAAAUUAUAAUAACCGUAAUAGUGACGGGAAAGUGCAUAGUUUUAGUGAAUCACAGCAAUUAGAGCAACCAAAGGAAUUGGAGGAGGCGGAGGUGGUAAUUCAAUCGCCGCAACUGCAGCAACAACAGCAUACGCAGGCGGAAGAAAGCUUUCCAGAGAUCAUUACGGAGCUGCCAACUGUCACAAUUACAGAGCUGCCUCUGGAUCGUGCAAAGAACCGCAUGGAAUCGGUUAUCCUGGAUGAUUCCCAGGUUACAGCCGGCAACCAUAGCGAUGAGGAGCAACACCACCAACAGCAGCAAUCUCAUCAGGAUCAACCCAAGAAAAUACUUGAGGCUGACAAGGAAGUGCCUCAAAAGGAUGAGCAAAUGCCGAAGAUAAAUGAUCCCGGAGGAGGCAUCGAUUUAGAUGGAUUAGCCGCACAGGAUGCUGCUCCAGCCGGUGAAAGCAAUGAGACCAGCGAGGAGUUGCAGCCUGCAGGAGGAUCGCCUGGAUCACCUGCAUCCAAUGAAACGGAGGCCACAGCGAACCUGACGAACGGCAACGAGGAGGUGCCCAUGCCUGUGUUCUCCGAAUGGGCGCAAAAGCAAAUGGAGGCCGAGGCCAGCCGAGAGCAGGCCAUGGAGCUGGAGCAGCAGGUGGUGAAUAACUCGGCCCAACGCAAGAACAACACGGGAUCUGCGAAUGGAAAGCCGCCGCUGCUAAAGCUACGCUCCAAGAACUACGCCUCGCCUGAUUGCGGGGCCAAGAUCAUCGCACACAAUUCGGAAUCCAAGCACACGGAGGCCGUGCUCACCACAUCCACGGAUGAGUAUAUGCUGAGUAUAUGCGAAAGUCGGAUUUGGUUUGUCGUAGAGCUAUGCGAGGCUAUUCAGGCCCAGACGGUGGAUGUGGCCAACUUUGAGCUAUUCAGUUCGUCUCCUAAAAAUUUUACGGUGGCCGUUUCGAAGCGAUACCCCACUCGAGAUUGGAGCAACGUGGGACGCUUUGCUGCAGAGGACAAGCGAACAAUUCAGACCUUCGAACUGCAUCCGCAUUUAUUUGGAAAAUUUGUGCGCGUUGAAAUCACAUCGCACUAUAACAAUGAGCACUUCUGUCCACUUUCGCUGUUUCGAGUGUUCGGCACCUCCGAAUACGAGGCUUUUGAAACGGAAAUUCGACCUAGCGAUGACCUGGAUGAUUUCUACGAUGACUAUGGAGCUCAGGAACAGAAGGCAGCCGUGGGCAGUGGUGGUAACAUCUUUCAAAGUGCCUCGGAUGCGGUGAUGCAAAUUGUUAAGAAGGCGGCCGAAGUGCUGGUUAAACCCACAAAGGCUCUGAAAUGGUCAGCGGAAUCGCUGAUUUGCCAAACGCCUGCAUUUGAUCCCUACAGCUGCACCAACUGUAACAGCACCUUGGUGGAAAGGAUCAACAGCCUUUUGUCCUGCCAAUUUCAGCACCUGCAGGUCCUCCUCAGUCUUACUCGUUUAAGGGCAGAUCUUCUGCAGAGUCACGUGUGCCAGGAGGAUUUCGGCAUAAGUCUAACGGGCUCAGAUUUCUCGAGUAAAAUGGGCAAGGAACAGAGCUAUUUCCUCACCAUGCUGCCAGCGGAACAUGUAGGAGCUAUGUGUAAAUUGAUCCAGGCAGAGCAGAAUGUUACCGAUCAGCAGCAAACAAAAAUGCAAGCGAUAAAACGACAGGUCAGCUCACCAGAAAAACUUCAGGAUAAUGCCACGGCUUCGGGAGUUCGACUAGAGUGUGAGAGCAGCGAAGGUAGCCAAACAAGAAAAACCCUUGAGAAGGAGCCUUCAACACCUAGUUUAGAGGUUGUGGUGCCGGAAUCCAGCCAAGAAGUGCCUUCGGUGGAGGACCAGUCGUCGACUUCUAGUGAAACAAUCUCCACCACAAACUCCACGCCAGCUGAUGUGAAUAUAUUCAAUAUGCCAGCGGAUUCCGAGGAAGUGGUGCCAAAAUUGCAGCUACCUCCGGAGCCACCUAUUUCAACAACUUUGGAAGCCAGCGAUGUGGACAUCUCCACCAACGCACCAAGCACCAAUGUGCCUCCGUCCUCCAAUGAAGCUUCGCUGACCGGAGAUCUAGCCAUUGAGGAAGGGAAUCCGGCUAACUGGGAAAGCAUUGACAAUCUACUGACCACCACGGUGGCUUCGAUAACCGCUGGCGGUGGAGCAGCUGCCGCCGCAGCAGCUGUGGUGAACGGAAACGGCCAUCUGGGUAUGACAGGCGCCACCGGAACGGUUGGAUCAGCCACGGGAUCCGGUGUGAAUCUCCAGCAGAAGCUUACGAAUGGCGCCCAGUCGGAGAGUGUGUUCAUCAGGCUCUCCAAUCGCAUAAAGGCGCUCGAACGGAACAUGUCGCUGUCGGGACAGUAUCUGGAGGAGCUUUCGAGACGCUACAAGAAGCAGGUGGAGGAACUGCAACAAACAUUGACGCAACAAUCGCUCACGGUGCGCCAGCUGGAGGAUCAGAGCCGGCGGUAUGUGGAGCAGGAGCAGCUGUACCAGCAGCAGAGCGCAGAGCUGGCCGGUGAGGUGAGGGCGCUGUCCUACCAGGUGCAGGCCUGCAUCCUGGUCAUCAUCAUUGUGGGCACCUGCAUCUUUUUGAUGCUCGUCCUCGGCACUGUCUACUAUCGCAAGCUGCGUCGUCAGCAGCAGCAGCUAGUUAAGAAGGAUCUCCCGGGCAAUCCACCUGUGGCAAACAAAAUUAAACUGGAUCGCCGCAAGUCCUACGAACAGAUGCCGAAUCAAACCACGCCCAAGCAACGACGUCCCAGCGAGGAGGCCAUGCUCAUUCUGAAGGAGUGCGGAGACACCAUCUUGCAGGAGCAGAAUCAUCCAAACAGGCAACGCAAGAUUUCCGUUUGCUAUGGCAGCAACAAUAAUAUUGCCGCCAAUAUGAUAAGUGCCACCACAAACGGCGGUGGAAAUGUACGGAGUUCCCUGCACAGGCGCAAGGGAGCCAAGCACUCCUGGCACAACAGUCUGGAUACCACUGAGACCUCUUGCGGCGAGCAAACGGACAAGUUCUUCGAUGUGGACACCCUCAAAAGCGUAAAGCAAAGCUCCGGCAAGGCGGGCAAAAAGAAAACCCAGCAGCAACUGCAACAACUGGCUCUAAAGCGACAGGAAUCCGCGCCCGCUAGCUUUACGCAGGAUCUGCUGGCUGAAGAACCAGCCACGCAGAGCGACUUCGAUGAGAGCUUGAUGCUGGAUAGUGAUGAUCUUGCCAACUUUAUACCAACCAGCGACUUGGCCUACAACGAGUUCAUGCCCGAGGGACCAUCUGGCUACCAGAUACUGGACACAGUAGACGGGAAAACCGAAAAAGAGCCGGGAGCAAAGAAAUCACGACGACUGUCGUCGCCGGCGUUCUUCAAGUCGCCAUUUAGCAAGAGCAAAAACAAGGGCUAUACCUUCAAUGGCAUCAAGAACAGCCACUCAGUCCACGAGCCCACGUCCUGGGAGUGGUACCGCCUGAAGCGAAGCGAGAAGCACCAGCAGCAACAACAGGCUAAGCUGGCCAGCAAGAGCCUGCCCAGCGCCAGUUUGGACAGCUCGUCGCUGUCGGAAGUCAAUUUUCCCCUAAACGCCAGCGCCGGCACGCAGAAUUCCUUCCGGAUACUGGGCGAGGCCAUUCUGUCCUCCGGGGAGGGACGCAUCACCCCGAAUGGGAAUGGCAAUGCCACGUCCGGUGGCCUGGCGAGCAGCAGCAGCGGGAGUGGCAGUGGUGGUAGCACUACCUCAUCCACCACCAAGAAGAAGCAACGCGCCCUAAACAAUCUCUUUCGCAAGGCCUUUGAUUUUUAACCAGAACCCAGUGUUUUCAUUUUUACAUCAGAGUAUAUUGUAACUAUUCUUAGAGAUUCGGAUAGACCCUGCUGGGUCUUGCAUUCGAUAAAUUGUUUGUA